AUGAGGCGGGUAGAAAUCUCGGAGGUCACACCGCGUGAACAACGAGGUUUGUCGAGAGGCCGCGACGAAUUCCGACGGCUGGGUAACUACACCAUUUUCCCCGACAAAACCGGGCGUCUUCAGCUGCAAGUUGAGAAUAGGCAUCUGCUUGGCAAGACAUUGGCCAAGGCCAAGGCCGUUGGUAUCACCUACGGCCGAUGGAAUCGGGAGCUGUUUCUCGUCUUGGGAGACCGGAGAUCCCUGAUGCAGGAUAGGCGCAUUCAAGCUCGUUGGCCACGGCAAGCAACACGGCGAUGUGCCUCGGAGCACCAGCGUGAAGAUUGCGAUUCAGCUGUUCGCUACCAUACGCCCUCCCAGUGCAAGUUCACGUGGCCGCGUAUGGUACUCCGUACUACAACGUAUGGAUCAAUACCAGUGAUGUAUCUACGUAUCUUCGUAUGUAACAAAGUCUCCAUCCACGAUUGUCCCGAUCCUCAGAAGCUGGUGAGGCUGCGAAACAGGGGAGAGUGGUUACAUUGA